CGGAUAAAGGUUGCAGAUGGCGCUUUUCCUCAGUCGGCUUAUAGCAGGUAUUCUUACCCAUCCAACGGCAAAAGGCUGGAUUUUUACGGCUUCGGGCCUGGUUGCAACAGCGGCCUUUUGCGUUCCAUUUGGCAUCUUAACACGAUUCCUCGAAGGCAAAGACAGAGUUAGAGACCUAGGCCUCGUAAUUAAGGGCUGCACCAUAGCCCUCCUCUCACCCGGCCUACUAGAGGAAGCCCUGUACCGUGCUGCCCUGCUGCCGCACCCAGCCGUUGACCCGCCCUCAGCCCUUACCCUGCCUGCCUACUCACGGGCCGCCGUACUUCCCCUCCUGCUCUUCGUCGCCAGCCACCUGAUCAACCCUCGGAGGGAAAGCCGACGGGCCUUUCGUGACUGGCGCUUCCUGACCCUUGCGGCCGCCUUGGGCGUUGCUUGCACGGCAACACAUUGGGCAACCGGCGGCAGCCUGGUCGCGUGCGCGGUGGUGCACUGGCUGCCGGUGUGCGUGUGGCUGUUUGGGUUUGGCGGGUACCAGAGGCUAGGGGGCGCGCCUGGAAAGACUGUGAGGACGGUGGGCUCCAGUCUGUGAGGGCCACCUAAGGGCAGCCUCGCGCAGCUCCUUGGCUAGGGGUACGGGUAGGUUUGAUUGGCUGCGACGGAGGACUUCGGCUGGACAAUGGAUGCGGACAUGGUGUGUAGGGGGAUGCAUUAGCAUGAGCGCUGCUUGCAUGUGCGUUGUUUCUUGGUUCACAGCAGCGUUCGUCUGAGGUGCGCUGGGCAGGGAAUGUUCACCGGUGUGUUGUUUGCUUGUUUCUGGGAUCCAGGUGGCUGUGCCGUGGACCGGCGGGCGGUACCUUGCUGCAUGGAAGCGCGUGCGGCUAACAGCUCCGUCAUUGCCUACCGUGGCAUGUCUACAGGCUACAGGUCUUGUUCCCUUACUGAGAACGCAAACACUGGUUGGAUUGCACAGGCCAC